AUGGAUUCUCGCGUUGUUGGUAUUUUGGGAGGUGGUCAGUUGGGACGUAUGAUCGUUGAGGCCGCUAACAGGCUUAACGUCAAAACCUGUAUUUUAGAUAACCCCGGUUCACCCGCAAAGCAAAUUAACGCCGUAGUGGAGCAUAUUAAUGGAAGUUAUAGUGAUACUAGUAGUAUUGAAAAGUUGGCUGCAAAGUGUGAUGUUUUAACUGUGGAAAUAGAGCAUGUCGAUGUUGCAACUCUUAAAUCAUUGCGGACCAAAUACCCAAAACUGGAAAUUUAUCCUUCUCCGGAGACUAUCUGGUUGAUUCAAGACAAAUAUAGACAGAAACUACACCUAAUUGAAAAUGGGAUAGCUGUUGCUGAGCCUCAAAUUAUUGAAUCGCCCUCUGUUGAGACAUUAAAGAAGAUUGGUAAUAAAUUUGCAUAUCCAUACUUAUUGAAGGCUAGAACUCUUGCGUAUGACGGAAGAGGUAACUUUGUUGUUAAGUCUGAAGAAUCGAUACCUGAAGCGUUGGAAUUUCUUGGUGAUAGACCACUGUAUGCGGAAAAGUGGGCUCCAUUCGUAAAGGAAUUAGCAGUUAUGAUCGUUCGUUCAGUGGAUGGAAAAUUGUAUUCUUAUCCUGUUGUUGAAACAAUCCAUAGGGAUAAUAUUUGUCACUUGUGUUAUGCACCAGCCCGCGUUAGUGAUUCCAUCCAAUUAAAGGCUAAGAUUUUAGCGGAGAAUGCUGUGGGGACCUUUCCCGGCGCAGGUAUAUUUGGUGUUGAAAUGUUUUACAUGGAAAAUGGCGAGCUUCUAAUUAAUGAAAUUGCACCAAGACCUCAUAAUUCAGGUCAUUAUACCAUUGAUGCUUGUGUCACAUCUCAAUUUGAAGCACAUAUCAGAGCUAUUUUGGGUUUACCAAUGCCAAAAGACUUCUCUAAUUUUACUGUUCCAUCUACGAAUGCGAUCAUGCUCAAUGUUCUUGGCGAUAAUAAUAACGUAAAUGGCGAGCUACAACUUUGUAAGCAAGCCUUAGGAAUGCCCGGUGUAUCUGUUUACUUAUACGGUAAGGAAUCUCGUCCUAAGAGGAAGAUGGGCCACAUAAAUGUUAUCGCAUCAUCGAUGGAGGAAGCCGAGUCAAAGCUUCAGGCUAUCGUUACUGGAAACGCUUCAUCCCAUGAUCAAAAUGUAUCCGAUAGUGCUUCAAAAGCGCCACUGGUAAGCAUUAUUAUGGGUUCUGAUUCUGAUUUGCCGGUAAUGAGCAAAGCGGCAGAUGUCCUUUCCCAGUUUGACGUUCCAUUCGAAGUUACAAUUGUUUCUGCCCAUAGAACCCCACAUAGGAUGUCGAAGUUUGCAAUUGAAGCUUCGCAACGUGGUAUUAAGGUUAUUAUUGCAGGUGCUGGCGGUGCUGCACAUCUCCCUGGUAUGGUGGCCGCAAUGACUCCGCUCCCUGUUAUCGGUGUUCCGGUCAAAGGAUCUGUGUUAGAUGGUGUAGAUUCAUUGCAUUCUAUCGUUCAAAUGCCUAGAGGCGUUCCAGUGGCAACGGUAGCAAUUAAUAACAGCACUAAUGCCGCCUUGCUGGCAGUCAGGAUGCUGGGUAUGCACAGUACUAAGUACCAGAACUUGAUGAGUCAAUUCUUGUUGAAGCAAGAGCGUGAAGUCUUGGAAAAGGCUGAAAAACUAGAAACGAUUGGCUACAAAAAGUAUUUAGGUAAUUGA